UGUGUGCUAUUAAAAGCUCUCAAACCCCACAGUAUUGCCCAUGGCUUCUGUUCAGAGCUGUGCUCAAUGACACUGGAGGAGAUUUCAACCGUUGUUCCUUAAUCUUCACAAACAGACCAGCAGAGGUGCAUGAUUAUGUAUGUGGUCUAGUUAAACGCAGGCCUCCAAAACUCUUUAACUAUGGCUAUAAGUGACAUUAUGGGGCUGGAUGUGAGCACAGUUUGGCUUGUGCUCGCAGCGGUGCUGAUCACAGCUGCUGUAUUUCCUCUCUACCGUCUGAUGCUUCGGCAUUUAGCCAAGACAACUGUGAGGAAUAAAGUGGUGCUGAUCACUGACUCGCUGUCAGCACUUGGAAAUGAAUUUGCGAAACUCUUCCACAGCGGUGGAGCCAGACUGAUCCUCUGUGGAAAUAGCCUGGAGAGGUUAGAGACUUUAGCUGAGCAGCUGACAGAUGAAUCAGAUCCAACAACUACAUUUCCACCUAAACUGGUGGAGCUAGACUUCAGUGAUAUGGAAAGUGUUCCCGAGGUGAUCUCUGAAAUCCUGGAGUGUUAUGGCUGUCUGGAUAUUCUGAUCUUUAACAGCAGCAUGAAGGUUAAAGCUCCCGUACAGUGUCUGUCUCUAGAGAUGGACAGAACUGUCAUGGAUGUAAACUACUUUGGGCCCAUCACAUUGGCUAAGGGUGUUCUCCCAUCGCUGAUCUCCAGGAGGACAGGUCACAUUCUUCUAGUCAACAGCAUUCAGGGGAAGCUGACCGUGCCCUUCCGUGCCACCUAUGCCGCCUCUAAGCACGCAGUUCAGGCAUUUUUUGACUGUCUGCGGGCUGAAGUUCAACAGUAUGGUAUCAUUGUGAGCACUGUCAAUCACACAUUCAUAAACACUCCCACCACAGAGGAUGAGGCUAAAUCCACAGGCACAACCUUUACUAAACAGAAAUCUCUUGGUGUGAAUCCGGAGGAGAUGGCAAGUGAACUUCUGAAUACUUUGAGCAGUAAGAAGAAGGAGAUUUUAAUGGCCCGCUUCAUCUCCAAAGCAGCGAUCUACACCAGAUCUCUCUUCCCUAACCUCUUCUUUGCCAUCAUGGCAGCAGGAGUCAAGACCACCACAGCUGAGGAGAUGUCAGAAGAUUGAAAGGUCACUUUAAUGUGUUGUUGCGCCGCAGUUCUUAAAUUACAAGAGUCAGAUUUGCUUCACAUUUAAAUUGUUGAUAUUUAAUGAAUUGCUGAUUUUGUUUGUGAAUCUUGAUCUGUUUUUGAAGCAACUGGUUGGCAGCAGAUAUAGUCCAUGCGGUUUUAAAGAAGUAUGAAGUAGAUGAAUACACUAAACGACUUCUUUGUUUAUACAUGAAAAAUAAGAUUCCAGGACAUCUUAAAAAAUACAUUUUCAGAUUGUCUUUCAUGCCUGAUAGAAUAUGAGGAUCUCCUAGAGAUGACUAUUGUCUGUAAUAGCCUGUUUGUAGGCCUAUGCAAUUUAAUUUUAACUCAUCAAAAUGAACAAAAAUGUAAAUAUGGCAAUUAUGUUGUGACUAAAACGUGUACAAAAUAAAU